GGAGAGACAGCUGGCUUAUAGAAAAUCUGUCAUUCCUAAAACCAUUCAUCAAAAUCAGACAAUCCAUCACGAAUAUGGAAGACAACAUUCAGAGUGAGACUGUAGAUGACCUAAAUUUGCCAUCCGAUGAGGAAUAUGACGAGGAAGUGAAAAGUGAUGGAGAUGAUGGCGAAGAAAUAAGAGGCCCGAGCCCUCCUCCAAAAGCAUCAACUAGCCGAUCUACAAAACGACCUAUUGAAACCAAGAAGAAAGUGAGAUCUGCCAAACUUCUAAGAAAAGAAAGAGACGAAGUGGAAAUCGAAAUGAUGAAAUCCCUGCAAGGGUCACUGGAAAGGGCUACAGCAGGCCCAAUUACAGCUCUAGAUAAAAAAGAAGAACCUGACAGUGAUCUAAAAGCCUUCUCACAGUUGAUGCUGUACAGCUUGAAGGACAUGAACAAAUAUACACAGAGCAUCGCAAAACACGAAAUACAGAACAUAAUUUUCAAGGCGCAGAUGGGUACACUAGGAAGAUUACAAUCCCAGGAGUUCCGGGGUCAACGCCAAAGUGCAUAUACAUGUAGUUACCCUCCCAAGGCACAGACAGAAGGUCAGCUGUACGAUACAACUAAUCCUCCGUCACAAAUGAGCUUCGUGGAAUCAAUGAACUUUCACAAUCUUUGAGUAGUUCAUACAGGCUGAUUAAAGUUUGCAGGGGUCAGUUUUAUAGCGGUGGUUAAAUUUAACUUCACAUUUUCUAUUACUUUAUCCAGGUUUGAAUUUAAACCACAACCAUAGAACUGGCUCUCCUGCUACAUGUAGAUAAUAUUGUUAUCUUUUUGCAAUUGUUCAUUCAAGAAUUAUUCCGUUGUUACUUUGGUUUUAACUAAAAAAAAAAAUUCAAGUGUAAUAACAGGGAGCCAUCCAUAUAAAGUAGGUAUGGUACACAUAUAAGGAGGUAUGCAUAUAUACUUUAUGGAUGGGUCUCUUGGUCUAAUCAGAUCACACCGAUUUAUAUAUUAAUGCCUGUUGUCGGGGCACUAUGCUCUCAUAGUGCCCGAGCGGUAACGAGUUGUUGUUGUUGUUGUUGUUGUUGGUUGUUGUUUUGCAAUCUUUGAAUACAUGCAAGUUUAAACCUACAUGUUUACUACUGUUGCAAAACAACCGGUUGGUCAUUACCCAUUCGUUUCAUGGAC